AAAAUUUGAAGUGAAUCGUUCACUUUCAAGAUUCAUUCAAAAACACCGAUUCGUUCACAACAGAGACAACACUACAGGCUGUGUGUGUGAACUGAAGGCAGCCACAUGCGGCAGUGAGUGAGAAUGAGAAGCACCAAAACAUCAUCCAGCUCAAGUCAAAACGGAAUCAGCGACACAAAACACUGCUCAGUCAUGGCCUUUUAACAACAGUAACAUCGAGCGCGCGGAGUCGCAGAGCCAUCGCCGUGUAUCUAGCGCCGCUGCUGGGGGAAAAUCCGCUAAGUAGUCGGUUUAGCUCGUGACAGAUAGACUGGCCGUUGUGCUGGGAGAUCUCCAUCCAUGGCUCUGGUAACCCUGCAGCGCUCGCCCACUCCCAGCGCGGCGUCAACUUCCAGCACCGCCACCAACGCGGGGGAGGACUUUGGAAGUGAUGAUGAGCGCCGGCUAAAUCAGAGUCUAAGCGAGAGCUUCUUCAUGGUCAAGGGGGCCGCUCUGUUUCUGCAGCAGGGCAGCUGUCCACAGGGUCAGAGAGUUCAUCCUCACCACAAACAUGCAGGUGACUUACCUCAGCAUCUGCAGGUGAUGAUCAACAUUCUUCGCUCUGAAGAUCGCAUCAAACUGGCGGUGCGGUUAGAAAGCGUGUGGUCAGACCGCGUGCGGUACAUGGUGGUAGUCUACACAAAUGGCCGUCAGGACACUGAGGAAAACAUCUUGCUGGGCAUGGACUUCAGUAACAAAGACAGUAAGAACUGCUCUAUUGGGAUGGUGCUGCCUCUGUGGAGUGAUGCCAAGAUUCAUCUAGAUGGUGAUGGAGGCUUCAGUGUGACUACGGCCGGGCGCAUGCACAUCUUCAAGCCGGUAUCAGUCCAGGCCAUGUGGUCAGCAUUGCAGAUUUUACACAAGGCAUGUGAGGUGUCACGAAGGUACAACUAUUUCCCUGGUGGCAUGGCACUCACAUGGAUGGGGUACUACGAGAGCUGUAUCAGCUCUGAACAGAGCUGCAUCAAUGAGUGGAACGCCAUGCAGGAUCUGGAAACACUGCGACCAGACUCUCCUGCCGUUUUAAUUGACAAACCAACAGAGAGGGAGAGAACAGAAUGUCUGAUCAAAGCCAAACUCAGGAGUAUCAUGAUGUACCAGGACCUUGAAAAUGUCACGUCCAAAGAGAUUCGUAAUGUGCUGGAGCAACAGAUGAACCGCAACCUGAAAGAUUACAAAGAGUUCAUUGACAAUGAGAUGCUGCUUAUUCUUGGGCAGAUGGACAAAGCCACGCUCAUCUUUGACCAUCUCUAUCUGGGUUCUGAAUGGAAUGCUUCAAAUCUAGAGGAGCUACAGGAAACCGGGGUGGGCUACAUCUUAAAUGUUACACGGGAAAUAGAUAACUUUUUCCCUGGAACAUUUUGCUACCACAACGUCCGAGUGUAUGACGAUGAGACCACAGACUUACUGGCCCACUGGAACGAUACUUACAACUUCAUUGUCAAAGCAAAAAUGAAUCAGUCCAAGUGCCUGGUUCACUGUAAGAUGGGCGUAAGCCGCUCGGCUUCUACAGUGAUCGCAUAUGCCAUGAAAGAGAACGGCUGGUCUCUGGAGAAAGCGUAUAACUUUGUCAAACAGAGACGCAGUAUCACCCGUCCCAAUCCCAGCUUCAUGAGACAGCUGGCAGAGUAUGAGGGCAUACUGGAUGCCAGUAAGCAACGUCAUAACCCACUGUGGCACCCUGAUUCAGAUUGUGAUCAUCCUGAUUGCCAGCAAGCUGCUGCCCCUUGCUGUGUGAACUCCGAGGCUGCGGAUCAUGUCACCCCAGACCCCACGACCCCCCGAGUCACUGUAUGCUGCGAGCCUACCGCCCACUCCUCUCCAAUUAGCCUAGGUCUGGACCCAAGCCGACCACAAAAUUACCACUAUUACUUCCGUCGCUUGUCAGACUCAGCCCUCGACAGUGAACCUUCCACACCAAUCCAUGCACCACCGCCUCUGGUGGAAGUAGAUCGCGUCUACAUCGAGGUUGCAGAUGUGGAGCAAGAUGCGCUCCUCGACGAUGAAACCUUCGAGGGGCGCGAGGGUCUUCCUGUACCACACUUCAGUGCCCCAGGAGAGGGCACAGCCGCUCAGACCUGUUCCCGAGGGGCAGAGCCACUGGAGGAACUACGUCUGCGGCUGGAGUUCAGCACGGUGGAGGAGGAGGACGAAGAGGAGGCUCAGAAAGAGCAAGCAGAAAUGGAGGCGUUAGCAGAAGGAGCGAAGAGAGGAGAUGGGAAUGAUAGUGAAGAGUUGUCACAUGAAAAGGGGAUUGAUCUCGCAAGCCUGAACCAUCUGUGCAACGAGAACUCCAACAACAACAACCACCUCAAAACGCGACAAUCUCUAACUGAAAGUGCCCAUCUGAAGCAGCAUCGUUCUGGUUCAUCGUUCACUUCCAAGCCCACCCAGAGUGCUCUGUUGGAGGCUAGCAGACGAGGCCUUGUCCCUUUACCUCUCAACAGUGUGCCCACUAUCCCAAUUCAGACGCCACCCUGUGCCAACUUGUCCGUGACAGCCAAGUGUGGCAAACUUGACUCAGAUCUGUGCCUUGAUGCCAAUGCAAUAUCCUUAGGGCAUAAAGAUAAGCCAGAAAGCAAAUCUCUUGACCAAGAAACUGAUACCCAGACAAUGUUGCUCGAAGCCAAAGGGGAAGGAGAUUCCAGGCAGAAAGAGAUUGAUGCACAGGGUUCCUCAGCUCCACUCAGGAACGAAAGAGAGAUAAAUCGUUUGGAGAAGGCAGAGGCGUUUUGUUCUGUGCAACAGCAAGAGACUCUGGUACAGCUGCAACGCUCUGGCCUCGUUCGCCGACGAAAAGAACGCUUGGAAAAACUUUCCGGUCUCUUUCAGGAGCGUGCACGUGCAAAUGAGCUAAGGGGAGCCAGUUCAAGCAAAACUGAGGAUGCAAUGAACAAUUCAAGUGAUUUAGCUGACCCUUUCCACAGGCCCAUCGGAGCACGCGCAGAUUUGGCUACUGAAGUGGCGGUGCCGCUGACGAAUGAGGCUUUGCUGGCUGUCCUCGGAUCAGGCGGCUUGACACCAGUCUCGUCCCCGCACGGUUCCACGCUCACCCGCAGCUCCAGCAGCGACAGCCUACGCAGCGUCCGCGGCAAACCUGGCCUUGUGCGCCAACGUACGCAAGAAAUCGAAGCCCGAAUGAGACUCGCAGGACUUACUGUACCUUCCCGACUGAAACGCUCCAACUCGCUCGCCAAACUGGGCAGCCUAACCUUCUCAUCCGAGGACUUGUGCUCGGCAUGUUCAUCUGACGCCGGGACCCUUCUCAUGCACUCAUUGUCCCCAGAACCCGAGCGCUCGCUCAGCCCGGAAUGGGCCAAACCCUGGCCCUCUUCCUCCUCCUCGACCUCCACAAACAUGGAGGUCUUCAACCAAGGUGAAGCAGCACCUGAAGAGUCCAAGAGCUGACAGCGGGAGAUUUUAGCGCAACAGUACUUUCGGUUUCAGCUUCACUUGCAGCAAUAUUUAUAGUUUUUUUUUUUUUUUUUUUUUUUACAUUUCAGCCACUUGGGAACGUUGACCAUUCAUGGAAGAGGAAGUGGAAAAAUGUCUUCAACUAAAGAACUGCUUUCUGUUAUGAAUAUAAACAUUAUUUUCAAUAGGUAGAAUUCUGGACAGGCUUUCGUUGCAUGGAUCCCAAAUGGAUGUGUUUUGCACUGACUGACAAACAGUUUGUGAGGUUUUCACUGCUCUUCCUCUCUGCUGUUCUGAAGCGAAAUAAGCACUCGCCAUCCCAGAGGCUGUUACUUGAAAGCAUCAAAAUAGACCAUUGUGUAAUGUUUCUAUCAGCCCACCCAUUUAUCACACCAUAAAUCACUUACAGUAUUUGUGGCCCAGUAUGAGUCACAGAUUCCUUCGGACAUGGGUUGCUUCCUGGCUGGACAGUAAAAGGAAAUGGACUCUUUGCAGUGAUUAGGAAAGUUCUUUGUGUGCCGAUGGACUCUUUUAUCAUUCGCAGAGCACUGAUGAUUCACUUGCAGGUUUCAAACCAAUACCUCAUACCAGUACAGUUUGGGAGUCUUCUAUCUUUCUAAUACUUGAUGAAGAGGGUGAGGAAAGACAAUCAUUUCGAAGGAUAAAGAAAAUCAGAGGCGACUUCAAGCUGCUGUUCUCCUUCCACUGAAACAUUCAUACAUACACUGUCCAUGUUGCUGUCAAAAUAGCAGGAGGGUUUUUGGGAAGUGUUUGGAUCGACAUUACUGUAACAGUCUCUAAUAGCACAUACAUGUACUUGUUAGGAUUUUAUAUCAAAGGGAGCUCCUACAUUGUAGUUUCUCUAGCACCUCUUAGCUUCGUGUUUCCAAAUGCGAUACAAAUCAGUCAUUUACCCAGGUAUAGAACGCCGACUGUUAUUUUUCAAGACUUGUUACCUUUGUUCCAGAGGCAGUGGCUUGUUUAGGCAGUUUGCUGAUUGCCACCAUGCUAUUGCUCUACUGUUCUAACUCAUGUCCUGUUCGUACUCCGCAAUGAAAUCAAUGGAAGGUAGACUGGCUUUUGAAUCAAAUCUAUACAGAAGUAGAACUGAAGGAGAAAGCUCCGAAACAUGAUCAAACAACACUUACAAAUCAAAGAUGCGGCUUGGUUUCAACAACUGUUCAACUGUGAGUUUGUGUAUCUGUAAGAGAAAAAAUAAGAAAUCAUAUUUCGGAUUUAUGAAUUUAAACGGAUUUUUUUUAUAACCAUUAACAUUUUAUACAUCGUUUUACUGGUUUUAAUUUUUAUUUUCUUGGUUUGUUUUCUUUCCUGUGAGCAAUUCCCAUUACUCUCAGUGAUGAAUCCCUUUAGAUUCUCACGAAUGAAGUGCAAUCGAUUUUAAACUGGCAUAAAAUAAAAGCCAUUACAAUGAUUUAGAAAUAUUUUUUAAUCUAAAUAAUAAAUUGCUAAUAUAUCAUUUUGCAAGAUGGUAAAAAUAAGUUAUAUUAUUUGAAUGGAAAAUGAAUAAAAAAAAAUAGGAAUUCAUUUUAUACAUUGAAGCAAAACGUAAAUUCUUAUUUUGGAUUUUAUAGAUUUUAUUUGAUAUUGGAGUUGAAAUUUGUCCCAGACAUGGUUCUUGACAGUGAGAUUCCCGUUUCUGUGUCUAAGUCUGAGCACACUUGCCAUAGCAGUUUAUCACAAAAGCUUUGAUAAAUGACAUUUGUUCAUGUCCAUGUGUCAGCAGGCCUUUAUUUACCGAUCAGCUUGUGUUGAAGUACUUGAGGUUUAUUAUGCAGCAUACUUUUCCAAUAUUUUUUUUAAACUGAUUUCGUAUGUGUAUCUAUGCUACCACCUCAAGUUAGAGCAACAGAAAUGUGAAGAUCGCGAGUGAGCGGUGCCUUGCACAGCGGCUGCACCGCUACUGUGAACCUAUUUAUGAACACAAACCCUUUCAGAGUGUGUGUGUGUGUGUGCUUUAAUGUUAAUGCUCAUAGUAAACACACAGUCUCCACCUCUACACACACACACUGCAAUACACUGUAUGUAAAUAUGUAUGUGGGUCAUAUUUACAGAAUUUCUGGAAGUUCAUGGUACUUGCAUCUGAAAGUCAACUUGAAUCAGUUCCUGUGUUCUGUAGGAGAUGCUUGCCUGAAUGAUUUCUGGUUGAUUGAACGAGUCUCCUCAACACUAUUUAAUCAUCCUUCUGAGGACUGAAGAAAGAAGCCAGAAAGCCGUUUAGUGUCAUGAACCGUUGCGUGCAUCCUUCUUAAAUGUGUCCCAAGCCCUCCCUCCUCUCACCCAAGUCUUUGACAUUUUGUGUCUGAUGCCAUAUUGAGGUCAAAUCGGAGUCCAAGAUCACAGAUUAAAUGUUAUUGGUUGCCUGCAUUGUCUCGUGUCAUCAACAUCAAGUGCCUUACCCAGAAGCACUAGAGGCAUUGUUCUGUGUUGACUCCCAUUUGAUAAUGUUGCCAGUUAAAGCAGAGGCCAAAGGGGUUACAUGGGCACAUUUUAAAGCUGGAAACAUUAUCCUGUCAUACACUCCUACAUUUUAUUGUUGAAUUAGAGGAAAUAGAAACGCAUCAUUCAAAUUUGGCAUUAUUUCCUUUUAAUUAAAGAGGAAGACACCGCAAACUCAUCAAAGAUGUCGCCAAGUUUUGGAGGGUUUUCCCUCCAAAAGAUUUGAUGCUAUUCAAGUAUGAAGUGAUAGCCAAAGUUCUGCAUUGAAGAUCAAUAUUACAUGCCACAUUUGUUGACGCUGAUGCUGUAGAUUUAAGCUAUCAGUGGCUUUUUUUCUUUUUCUUUUUUUUCAGAAUGAACACUGGUCUGUUCCCAAAUCAUCCACUGACUUUCAUCUAGUUGGUUAUUGAGCCUCUUUUUUUUUUUUUUUUUUUUGUCAAAUAGCGAUGCUGUUAAACUGCGAUGCUCACCAAAUAGGGAGCGCUCGCUCCUCAUCCGGUCAUCAUUGUUAUUACUAUUAUGUAUGCAGUAAUUUUUUCCUUUGUGCUGCAGAUUUGCUGUAGUUUCAAUGCAUAUUGCACUUUGUACAUUUUGUUGAUGAUGUACUGUAUGUGUUUAUUAUGGGAAUAAACUUUUUCUUUCAA